CGCGCUUUAUUCAGAGCGUACGUUGCAAAAAAAUUCAGGUUUCCACUGCUCUGUUAACUCCAUGAUAAUGAGCUAAUCGUCAUUCAUCAAGGAUAUUAUUAAUAUUAUUAUUAUUAAAGUAAAAUGACUAAACAUAAAGCCCGUAAAUCUACCAGUCGUCAGAAAAAGUAUCAAGAAGUUGUCCAAUCUCGGAUAGUCAACAAAACUCCGGUGCAGUAUACACGUCGGCUAAAAACUAACAAGCAUAAGAAGCUUAAGAAUAUCGGUGUGCACAAUACAAACCUGAAAUCCUGUAAUCGUCCACCUGGACCAAAUGAAGAUGAUUAUGUUCCUGCAAGUUUUAAAGAAAUGCUACUUAUGAAAGAAGGAAAGUGGAAGUCGCCUCUUGAUCCGGCUGUCGGAGAUACAAAAGGCAUGAGAAAGAAAGACGAUCCUGUUCCUGUGCUGAAACAAGGCAAAUAUGAAUCGGAUGCUCAUUACCUGGGACGAGUUCACAAGGAAGUUGAAGAUGAAUUGAACAGAGUGGAAUUUGCAAGGAAGCAAAAAGCAGAGCUGAUUACUACAGAAGUUAAAAAGAGUAAGAAGAAAAAGAAAGCAGUGAGGCGACUAAAUGAAAAACAGAAAGUGAAACGUUUACAUGCCAUAGAAAAACGUCUAACAGGUUUCGAACACUUGAAAGAUGAAGUGAAGUUCAACGAAGUGGUUACAGCGCCACCUGUAAACUUGACAAAACCAAAAUUGGUUAUUGGAAAGAAGUGGAAUCAAGUACAUAAACUAGACAGAAUUUUGGCAACGUGAAGUGAAUCAGUAAUCUUCCAGUCUCGUAUCGGUGAAGUGAAAAAAAAAACAUUGUCAUAUAUAUUCAAAGAAAAAUCCUUCUAUUUUUAUUCCCGGUGUUGUGAAUUUGUUUAAUCUUGCUAGUAAAGUUUGAAAGUUAUAAAAAAUUCGCAAAUAUUCCC